AUGGAAAAUCUAAAAAUCACAAACCAUGUUCGUUCCUCGACUUUGCCUACAGCAACUCAUCCUCUUAUUGCAAGUGCAGAGGAAAAUCUGCGAAGAUUGAAGUCGUCUGAAGGCACUUCCAUAUCUUCACAUGCAACAAUAUGCCAAAGAUUGGAUGGUCUCGGAAAAUUGUAUGAAUGUAUUGAUAAUUUCCUCCGUUUUCCACUUAGUGAACAAGUCCUCUCCCAUGAGAAACAUGCCAAAUCGCUAGAACAAGUCUCUAACGGAUCUCUCAAGGUUCUAGAUACUUGCAAUAUCAUUAAAGACACUUUCUCACAGAUGAAAGAAAAUGUUCAACUGCUAGAGUCAUCUCUCCGGAGAAAAAGGAGUGGAGAAUCGAACUUAUCCAAUGAAAUUGAUACAUACGUGGCAUCCAAUAAGAAACUAAACAAAGUAAUCUAUAGAUGUUUCCAAGCUUUGAAGAACACAGAAAAGAGUAACAUAAUUGAAAUAGAAGACGCUGAGUUCACAACAUUGAUUAGUCUAAUUGAAGGAGUUGAAGAUAUUAGUAUUACAGUGUUGGAAUCAACUCUAUCUUUCAUUUUCCAUCCAAAAAUGAGAUCAAAGGCAGGUGGUUUGUCUUUGAUCUCCAAGUUAUUGAAGCCAAAGAGAGUCUCAUGUGAAGUAGUUGAUAUUUCAGAAUUUGAGAAGAUAGACAUUGAGUUGCUUCUUCUUCAAAGCAAACAGACAGAUCAUUCACAAAUUCAAAGUGUACUUAAAAGACUCGGGACAUUUGAAUCACGCAUUCAAGAACUGGAGUACAGAAUAGGAUCCAUCUUUAGGCACCUCAUAAAAACUAGAGUUUCCCUCCUCAAUAUUCUCAAUCACUAA